AUGACAUGCCAAUUGCUUGUUGACAUUGCUGACCAACGGUGCCACUGCGUCUCGAUCCCAUGGUCACCCAAGCAAGGUUCUUUCCAUCAAUGUGUUCAAAUCGAACUAUACUGGCACACGAUGACCGACGAGGCCUGGGAUAGUCUCAUCAGUCUCGUGAUCGUGAUAUGGGAUUGUGGAGAGACUUCGUUCGACCUAUGCAAGCCAGAAGGAGGCGCAAUACCGCUACCGCUGCGUCCAGUGUAUGGUGAAGUGCACGCCGACCCUUUGGGCCCCGCCGCAGUGACACUGUACCGGCGAUGGCUGCAUGACUGCGCGUCCGAACACCCAGCAUGCCCUGACACCACCAGUGCGCCAUUACCAACCCGUGUGCUCGACGUACGAUCUGGCUCAGCGACUGGCGACGUCAAGCUGAAAUGCACAAAUCAUGAGCGCGGCGACUUCAUCGCUCUAUCAUACUGCUGGGGCGGCGUUGUCCCGCUUCGGACGCUGUCAACUAACUUUGCCAGCCGUAUAGAACGCAUUCGCUGGCAUGAUUUGCCCAGGACCUUCCAGGACGUAGUGCAGCUCGCGCGGCAGCUCGAGAUACCAUACAUCUGGAUAGAUGCACUAUGUAUCAUUCAGGAUUCUGCCGAGGACUGGGCAACGGAAUCUGCAAAAAUGGCCGAGAUCUACGGCAAUGCUUCCAUUGUCGGGAUCGCGGCUGCUGCGCCCAGUCCCAACACCGGAUUUCUAGGUAUGAGAGAGAACCAUGUCUGGGAGCAAGUGACUUUCGGACCACCAGCUGAUGAACGCUGCCUUUUGCUAAGAGAGACUUGCGAACACAGCGCGAACAUGGACCCCGGAUCCAAGCUAGCAGUGUCAGAUCGUGGUUGGUGUCUUCAAGAAAGACUGAUGGGCCAGCGAACUUUGAUCUUUCGACAAGAAGAGGUCGUCUGGGAGUGUCGUCAAGGCUAUCGGUGUGAGUGUAGCUCUGCUGAAAACGGCUAUCAAUCGCUACCGGUAUAUCAAAAUCGCGGCAGCGUGCUACCUACGCCACAACGGUAUCCGCGCGACACCAGCACGAAUCUGUUCGAGUCGUGCUCCCAAGCCUAUGACUUUUGGAGAAACGCGAUACAAGAAUACACGCAGCGUCUGAUGACCAAGGCUACGGAUCGUCUUCCAGCCAUUUCAGCGCUUACCAAAGUCAUUGGAGAAGACACAGGCGAUGAAUAUAUCGCGGGACUGUGGAAGAACGAUAUCCUCCAUGGCCUUCUAUGGACAGUCCACUAA